CACACACACUCGCGCACACACUCAUACACACACAGCGCGCACACUCUCACGCGGACACACAAUCCAUCCCUCCCUCCACGUUUUUGGCCUCGCUUUGGAGGAGACCCUCCGGAGAUACUACCCUGAUAACCGUGUACCGCUGCUCGCGUUUGAUACAGCAGCCCUCGUAUGGGUUCAGGGUAUUGGAGACGGUUUUUAUUUUAAUUUAUCCAAAAACCCAACCCCAAGCGCCGGAGGCUGAGUGGAGAGGGGGGUUCCCUUUACGGCUGUUUGGAAGCAGCACCACAAUCUAAGCCGCACUUUAAAAUGUUUUAAUUAGAAAUAAAAAAAGACCUGCAACUAUUGGAAAUCGCAAAACGCUACAGCAAAACGGCACUCGACAACGGCUUCGCGUGCUCGGUCGGUGACGUGGGGGUAAGAGCGUGAAAUGGAUUGAGUUGCAGCGAAAGAGAAUCUGGAGCAUCUCACACGCGCUCACACACAUCUAAGACGAACGCCAGAAGGGAGUCUCGCUCGUUUUACGAGGUCCACACAUUGUGCGAGAGAGCUCCAGGAUGAUCUCACCGAAAGACCAGCCCAAGAAGAGGCCCCCGAAAGACAGCAUGACCCUCCUGCCCUGCUUCUAUUUCGUAGAGCUGCCGAUCGUGGCGUCCUCCAUGGCCUCUCUGUACUUCCUGGAGCUGACGGACGUGCUGCGCCCCGCACAGGCCGGGUUCCACUGCCGCGACCGCGCCCUCAGCAUGCCCUACGUGCAGGGCUCCGAGGAGCUGCUGCCCCCCCUGCUGCUGCUCAGCCUGGCCUUCGCUGGCCCGGCCGCCGCGAUCAUGUUGGGGGAGGGGCUUCUGUACUGCCUGCAGUCUUGGCUGAAGCUCCGCCCUCGCUCUGAGGUCAACAUCAAUGCUGGGGGCUGCAACUUCAACUCCUUCCUGCGCAGAACCGUGCGAUUUGUGGGAGUGCAGAUAUUCGGGCUCCUAGCGACCGCGUUGGUGACAGAUGUGAUGCAGCUGGCCACAGGCUACCACACACCCUUCUACCUGACUGUGUGCCAGCCUAACUACACCCUGCCUGGGGUGUCCUGUGAGAGGAACUCUUACAUCACCCGGGACAUCUGCUCCGGACCCGACCUGCACGCCAUCCUGGCCGCUAGGAAAAGUUUUCCAUCCCAGCAUGCAACACUUUCAGCCUUUGCAGCUGUUUAUAUCUCCAUGUACUUUAACUCCACGCUCUCAGACAGCACCAGGCUGUUGAAACCGGUUCUGGUGUUUGGGUUCUGCAUGGCAGCGGUUCUGGCGGGCCUGACCCAGGUGACGCAGCACCACAGUCACCCCACUGACGUCUACGCUGGGUUCCUCAUCGGGGCUGCCAUCGCUGCCUACCUGGCUCUGUAUUCUGUGGGGAAUUUCCAGUCUCCGGCCCCGCCCCCCCAGCCCCCCCCGCCCCCCCCGCCCCCGGCCCGUGAGGACGCUCUGCGGACGCUGCUGCAGAGAGGCCACGCCUCCGUGUACCACAAGGGCGGGGCCUGCGGGAGCGGCGAGGAGCCGCGGCGGGGGGCGGAGCCGCGGAGGCAGGCGCGGCGGGAGAAGGUGUCGAGCGCGGACGUGGAGCUGCUGGCUCCCCGCGGCUCCAUGGGGAAGGAGACCAUGGUGACCUUCAGCAACACGCUGCCGCGCGUCGGCUGCCCCGACAACGCCCGCCGCCCGCUCACCUUCCUGGCCCCGCCCCUCGGCCCGCUGGCGUCCGAGUGGAAGCAGAGGUCCCUGGAGUUUUGGGGGGCGGGGCCGGGGGAGGAGCCAGAGUUGGACAGGGAGGGGGUAGGGGAACGGUCGGCCACGCCCUCGCCGCUCUACCCCGGGCGUGGGGGGGGGGUCGCCAUGGCGACAGUGUCCACGCCGCCGCGGGCCGUCGCCCCGCCCCUGCUGCACAUCCCCGAGGAGGCGGGCGCCCCCCCCCUGAGCCCGGUGCCCCAUGGAGCCGCCGCCACGCCGGGCCGGAGUGAGCAGGGCGGGGCUGCAGGGAGCGUGCUCACGUUGGGCGGGGCUUCAGGGAGCGUGCUCACGGUGGGCGGGGCUGCAGGGGCCACGCCCGGUCCGUUCCGGCCCCCCACGCAGCCACGCGUGGCGCAGGUCAUCGCCAUGUCCUCGCCCCGCCCCUCGGACACGCCCUCCUCCUCCUCCUGCGCCUCCUCCACCUGCAGCUCGGAGUCGGCCUGUGGCCACGCCCCCCAUCGCAUCCUCACCAUCAACGCCCACGCCCCGCACCACCCCCUCGUGCCCGGCCCCGCCCCCCCCUCUCCCGCCAACGGGGCCCCCUGGCCCCACCUGCGCCAGCUCGGGCCGGCCAGGAGCCUCUCCCCCGCCCAGGAGCCGCCCGAAGCCCCACCCCCCUGCGUGGGGAUUGGCCAGCGAGCGCUGAGCGUGGAGAGGGCGGGGCUUACGGAGAGAGCCCUGCUGGGCGGGAUCCCUCCCCCACAAUCAGCACUGAGGGGAUCCCUCCCCCACAAUCAGCACUGA